UCUAAGUUUAAGCCACACGUCAAUCAUAACAGUAACAUUACAUUAAACUCUUAAUCAUGAUGCCAUGUUUCAUCACAUCAAAGUCAAGCCCCUCUUUCUUCCUUCUUCUCUUCUUCUGCCUCUUUCUCUUUCUCUUCUCAGCUUCUACAUUCUCUAAUGCACGUGUAACAGAUGGCGUUGGCGAGAAAGAGGUGGAGACGAUGAAAUCAAUGUCGGAAGCAAAGAAGAACGCGAACAUGAGUCUCGUGCUUGCCAAGGAAAGAACUCGCCGGAGAGAUUUCUUUAACCAUUUUAACCUUUACACCGGCGGUUGGAAUAUCAGCGAUUCCGAUUAUAUCACGUCAGUUCUUUCUACGGCUGUUCCUUUUUUUGCAGUGGCUGUAGCGUGGUUCGUUGUUUUUGCACUUUUCUUAUUCAUCUGUGCGUGUUACUGCUGUUGUAACGGAGAGCCAAAUGACUAUUCUAAAACUCUCCAUCACUUCUCCUGCAUCUUGCUUAUCCUCUGCACCAUUGCAGCAAUAGGUGGAUGCGCUGUGUUGUACGCUGGUCAAUAUAAGUUUCAUGAAAGCACUUCCAACACACUUGAUUACGUUGUGAGUCAGGCUCAAUUCGUGGCGGAAAAUCUCAGGAACGUGUCAAGUUCUUUCGAUUCAGCUAAGCAGCUUGUGGUAGGGUUUCCUGUGCCUCUAGAUCUUGGAUCGGACCUUGAUGGUCUAAACAAGAAAGUCACCACUGCUGCUCGUUCUAUCUCCGAGAAGACUCAUGAUAAUUCAAAGAUCAUACGCCAUGUCAUAGAUGGAGUGAGAUUGGCUCUUGUUAUUGUUGUUGCUGUUAUGCUCUUUGUCACAUUUGUAGGAUUCUUAUUUUCUUUACUUGGGUGGCAGUGUCCAGUAUACUUCUUGGCGCUUAUUGGAUGGAUUCUUGUUACUGGCACCUUGCUCCUUUGUGGAGCAUUUCUCUUUGUUCAUAAUGUGACUGGCGACGCAUGUGUUGCGAUGGAUGAGUGGGUUGUGAACCCCACUGCGCAUACAGCGUUGGAUGACAUUCUUCCAUGCGUGGAGAGUGAAACCGCGGUGGAAGCCUUGCUACGAAGCAAGGCGGUGGCACAAACUGUUAUUCAAGUAUUUGACACAGUGAUUAGCAAUGUGACAAACGGAAAAUUCAUAGCCAACUACAACCAAUCAGGUCCCCUGGUGCCUCUUCUCUGCAAUCCAUUCAACAGCGACUUCACACCUCGGCAGUGUGCGCCAGGGGAAGUCACAUUCGACAAGGCCACCGAGGUGUGGAAGAAUUACACAUGCGAGGUGAAUUCGAGUUCGUCUGAAGAAUGCAGGAGUGAGGGUCGUUUGACACCAAGCAUAUACAAGAAUCUGGCGUCAGUGGUGAAUGUGACGUAUGGUUUGUUACAUUAUGGGCCAUUUUUGAUUGAGUUAGUUGACUGCAGUUUUGCGCGGAAAGCAUUCGCGGAGAUUAGCAGCGAUUAUUGUCCUGCUUUGCGGAGAUAUACUGAAUGGGUUUAUUUGGGAUCGCUUGUGUUGUCUGUGGCCGUAAUGCUCUCUUUGAUAUUUUGGAUCGUCUUUGUCAGAGAGCAGUGGCAACUUCUUCACCCCUUUGCUUAUUAAAACCAUGUUUUAAUUCUUCUGCUCAUACUACUAAUGCAGUAAUAUAUUCUUAACAUGU